UUGCGCGGCCAGGUUUAUUUUUUUCCUGACACGGCCCCACACUAUAAAACCGAUCGUCCGGAAGCAGCGCACGCUUAAUAUUACCUUGAUCUUGAACCGCGUCGCGAUCAGAAACGUCGCGCCGAAACGCCGUAACGGAAUCUUCUCUUGCCAAAUUCGAAGCCGCAAGUGUGCACCUGUGAGGUGUGGUGUGUGCGUGAGUGUGCGUGUGUGUAUACGGAGAACCAGCUGACCAGCGAUGAUUAGCAUAGGCAGGCGGAACGAGCGGCGGCCAAUGGCGGUCGGGUUGGUGUGGAUCGUCCUCAUCGGAGUGGCCGUUGCGGCGCAGGAGCAAGAUGCCAAUGUGAAAGUGGAAAUGUCAGCUACAGUCGAUUCUUCAGCCCUGCUCGAGGCGGCGCUCUGUGCGGUCAAACCCAACCCGGGCCAGUGCGUACGGCAACAGGCCGCCCGUGUGCUGGGCAACUGGGAAGACAUUCUAAACGCCAAGAAGAUGGAAAUGCUCGCCGAAGCAGACAAGGAGGUCACGGCGCGACAGCAAAGCCGAGGUCUCAGUGAUGCUGAGAUUGCACGAGGCAAACCAUCCACCCUGAUGCAACAGAUCGAGACGGGUCUCGGUGCCCUUUCGGAAUUCGUAUCGGAAGGUGUCGAUGAAUAUGUAUCCGACAAGGAGGAGGGCAAGGAGGAGGAAGCCUCAUCGAAGACGCACAUCCACCAUCUGCUGAAGCUAGGCAAGCGUAAGGGCAAGAAGAAGAAGACGUUCAUGAAGCUGUUCAUUCUGGGCGCUGCACUGAAGGCCAAAAUCGAACUGCUGCUCAAGAUCUUGUCGUUCAAGCUGCAGCUGAAGUUCUUCGCCGUGGCACUGAUCGGCCUGCUGAUCAACAUUGCCCGAUUCUGGAUCGAUUUCAAGAAGCAACCUUCUCCACAAAAGGUGAUCUACUACGAACAUGCGCAGCAUCAGCAUCACUACGACGAUCACGGUGACGGUGAUUUCGGUGGCUACUGGAAGCGAUCGCUCCACAAUGUCCAUGACGACGAAGGUCCCAGCUACCCGGGUGGACACGAUCGUGCGGAGCGUUACGACGAGCCCUACCUGUACCGCAACCCGAAGUACACCCCGUCUACCAACCAUUACGCACCACAGCUUGCCGAUCCGCACGCGAUGGCGUACCAGCAGCAGCGGCCAUACUAAUAAUGCAAGCGCGAUGCGCGUACGAACGCGAACCGCAUUUUCCUAGCAUUGGGGUUACGUAUCCCACUCGAGAAUCCAUUCCAUCUUUGGUUCAGUUUGCGUUAGGUUGAGAGACGCUUCGCGGAGCGAGAGGCAGGCAGCAUGUUUUAUCAUCACUCAUUAUCAUACUGUCAUUUUUUUCAUCGAUUUGUACAAAUUUCGAAAGGGAAACGUACAACAUCCUCCAAUUUCUAACCCUUCCAGGAUGCUGCCAGGAAGUAAGGCAUUUGCUUUCGUUGUAAAGCAUUCAAGAUUCCAAACACCUGAAGCUAAAGGAUAUUGGGGAGGAGGUUGUGCAUUUCUCUUACCGCUUGCCUUUUGCCGCGAUUGUUCGGAAGAGAAGGGAGAGAGAGAGAAAACACUUAACGGAUUCUGGAAUACUCGUGUAGCUCUCCUACGACCAUUUGGCUAACCCCACAGUAGAGUGUUGAAUGGUGGGCCGUUAAUUUAUUAAAACUGUUAAUUUAUUGAAGUUAUUUAUUUGCUCACCAACUCGACCGUUUAGGCUAAGCCUACCGGCAGCAAUCGGACGUUUCUGUUCGAAUGGUUUCCCAGUUUUUCCACCCCUGGUUUGAAGUGAAUUAAUGUUAAUGUUGUAGGUUACAAAUAAAGCCUUUAUGAAACGAAAAUACACCCAAACGCUUUAGGCGCAAGCAGCUUUUUGAGUUGGAGACUUAUAAAAUAGAUGCUAAAUUGGUUGAAAUUAAACAGCAAGCUUGAUUUGACGACUGA